AUGUCUGAUAACUAUCAGGCCGUCAAGUCUGUCAUUUCCAAGUUGAUUAAUGACCAAAUCGAACAGAUUAAAUCCAAAAAGUCCUUAAAACUUAAUAACUACAUUGGAUCAUUCCCUGCCUCGUCUAGUCCACCAUUACUUUCAGAUGUAAUAGAAUGUGUUCACGAAUUUUUGAUAACGUUUCAACCUCCGUUAGAGUUGGAACGACUAUCAUUACAGAGCAACUCAUUGACAUCGUUGCCUUCUAACUUCCCCCUCAUAUACAACAGCAUCAGGUACUUAGACCUUCAUAAUAACCAAUUCACUCAGUUCCCGCCUUUGGUUUGUGAGUUUCAAAACUUGGAAAUUUUAGAUUUAUCGUCCAAUUCUUUAUGGAUUUUGCCACAACAGGGACUUCAAAAGAUGGAUUCGUUAAGGGUCUUGUCGUUGAAAGAAAAUAGAUUCAAGUACUUACCGCCAGUACUUGGUUCAAUGAAAAACUUGAAUUUGAUAGAAGUCUUGGAUAACCCACUAAUCAGGCCGCUGUUGGAUACAGUUAAGGCAUUGCAGAAACAGUACCCUGAACUCGAGUGGGUACAUGAAUUGAAGUCUUAUCUUCUAUCGAAUGCAGCUCUUUUGGAAAAAAAAAUCAGCGAGCUGGUCGAAGCAUAUCAACAGCAUACAUAUAAUAAAAGUGCAGAUGCUCACUUAUUAAGUAUAAAGAAGAACCUGCAAUUACCUCCAGUGCCUACCUCAUCACAUGCUCCUCCUUCCUUAGGUAGAUCCAAUAGUAUUACAGAUACUAGAAGUAAGGCUUCCAAGGCUGCGAGAAGAAUGGGUUUGAUAAUUAAGAAGCCAGAAGAUUCUGCCAAUACUCCAAGUGACCAUCAAACCGAAACAAGAUUAAAAGACCACAAUAUCAACACAGGCUUAUUCAACUCAGUGGACAUAUUAAAUAUAAAUGGUAAUGGUAAUGGCUCAGGAACUCCGGUGAACGAAAGUUCGCAGAACACUGCUUCAACUUCUACACCCACUGCUUCUAAUACAGCACUUUCAAAUGCUUCUACCGGAGGACCACCAUCGUUUUCAAGUACUGCACCCGAAGGCAAAUUUGAAUCAAGUACAACCACUACCCCACCUCCCAAUCAGAAUCCACUGCUAACUUCAUCAUCUCCAGUGACUCCAAGCGGUUCAAAUUUAGCGAGACCGCUGAGUAGAAAUAGAGUCAGAUCGAAUACCCUCAAGGAAAUCGACAAAAUCCUUGAAAAAAAUGAUAUUGUUGAUACUGAACAUAAAUCUGGUGCUUAUUUCAGGAGAUUAUCGACUUUACAAGAAUUACCAGUUAGUGAACUUUCAUCAAGUGCAAAUUCGAGCACUUUAUCUUUAAGACAAGAGAGUGCUACGAAUAACUCGAAAAACAAUGAAGAAUUUCUUCAGCCGAAGCCGCAAGCUACUCAACUGAACCUGCUGACAUAUGUGCAACCUCAACCUAGAUCAACAAGCAUUUCAUCUACUAAAUCUCCUGCAAAUUCUUCUUCUUUCAGUGUGUCGACUAAUUCUCCUGUUACCACAAAUGAUUCCUCUCCAACUAAAUCCCAGCAUCAUGUUCAACAGCAAAUGCUGCAUCAGCACCAACUGUAUUAUCAGAAUCAACAACUGCAGCAACAAUUACAAUAUCAACAGCAACAGCAAAUACUUAGUCAACAACUGCAGCAACAGCUUUUACAACAGCAUCAGCUACAACAGCAACAACAACAACUACAUCCAAGUCGUAAAAAUCAUCAUUCUACAUCUACUUUAAUUAAAGUGUCUAGAAAAGUUUUAUUUUCAUUUAGUGAGUUACAUUCGUCAAUUCGUAGAUUCACUGGAUUUUGCGUUGACAAAAAGAUUACUAUAAAAAUGGUUACAUUAUUGUACACUACAAAAUCAAACAUAGAUUCUCUUGUUGAAAAUCUAGAAUUGAUGGAAGAUAAAGGUGGAAAUGUGGACCAAAUAGUGUUGUCAUUACAACUUUCAAUUUCAUCAUUCAAGCAGAUCAUGAUUUUGUUGACAGAAAACUUUGCAAUAUUUGUAAUGAAAAUUGACAUUUGUUUCAUAAGAAUGCUUUAUUUAACUGUUUAUGGAUCCUUUAAUGAGUUGUUGAAUGCUUAUAGAGUGUUGACUGCAAAUCCAAUGCCAAAUUUUACUGGCAUAAAUCCUAUAUCUGUAUCAGGCUUGUCUGCUUCAUCUUCAAAGCUAGAUAGUGGAAGCAACUCGAGUCAUGUAACAUUAGACCCGAAACAUUCUUAUAGCUCGCAUAAGCCACAUUCUUUGUCAAUCAACACAGUGCUCAGCAAUAUCAGUAAUGGCUCGAGCAGCACUUUGGCCAGUAAUGGAAGUGUUAUGUCCAAGCAUGGUGGUGCUGUAGCUGCCAAUGGCUCAGCGGUUCCAGCGUCGGCAUCCAGCAAUUUGGCAGGCUCAGUUUCCCACUCAAAUUCUACUAACAAUGGUAACAAUGGUACCAUUGCUAACUCCACGGGUGUUAAUUCAAGCAAUGGUAACUCAAAUGGCAACAAUAACGGUAACAAUUCUGGCAGUAAUUCCAACACUCAUAGCACAAAUACUAAUGGUAACAGUGGCAAUGAAGCAGAUUCGAGUGCAACUGAUACGUCAGAAGUUGACGAAAAGUUGUAUAAUGCAAUUGACAUUGCCACUACGAGCGCUCAAGUUGUAUUUGAGGAACUUACGAAGGCAAUUAGCAAGAGUGCGAUUGCUAGUACUAACCUGCUGCUGAUUGGUCCAUCAGUAGCUUCUAAAGUCAAAGAGUUGACAAGCGUUUGCAUUACAUCGAUUGAGGUAUCGAAAAGUUUGAAAACGAAGUUGUUGACUAUUAGAAACAAUCCAUCAUCUACUUCCAAGAGCAUGUUCUGGGAUGAUGUUAAUUUGUUUCUCAAAUCAAUUAUUCAAACAUUCUCUUCAGUUAAGGCUGUCAUGAAAGAUUUACCAAUAUUGAACGAAAUUAGAGCGUCGAUGGCUACAUUGACAAAGGCUACUAAGGAUGUAACGAUUUUAAUAGAGGUUUCAUCAUAUAAAUCAAUGUCUUCAGAAUUUAGCAAUUCUCAACUGACAAGCACUCCAGCGGCAAUUGGAGCCCCACCUUUGUUGAAUUCGAUCCCCAGUGUCUCGAACAUCUUCACGCCAUUAUCAGCAUUUCCUCCACAACAGUUGCCGACUAGAACCCAAUCUCUGAGUAAUUUAGCUCAACAUCAGCAACAGGCUAUUGCUCUACCCUCUGGAAGAACUCCCUUGGCUGCGACGUUGGGACCGGCUGCUCAAGCAAUUAAACCAGCAUUCUCAGCAGAUGGUAUGCCCAUGCUUAGUCCUGGUCUAGUUGGCGGAACUCAUUUGGGUUCUAUGACCGCCCCUCAGACCACUGGUCAAUAUUACGCUAAAAAUGGCAUGAAUCCAUUCGAUGGCUUGAUUGUCGCAAAUAGAGAGAAUGAGGAAAAGAAGUAA